ACGUCCCCACAGGCCGCGUGAACACGGGCACAAUCACACGCGCGCGCGCUCACAGUGAUGUCACGGAAGGGGAGUUUUGUACGGCUCUGACCGUUGGACGCCCGGACUGACUCACACUCUUACAAAUGGUCAACGCGAAUUAAACCUCCGCUCUUUUAACCAGACCGUAGUUUUAAACUAAAUAAGCCAUGGAAUUGAAAUGGAAAAAGUGUCAGUUAAGCGGUCUGUACUGAACGAAGAAGUUCAACUUUGGGCCAUUUAACCAUGGAAGUUGAAAGGAAGCGGACAGCAGCGACAACAAUCAUAGACAAUUCGCUCUAACGGAAGAAAUGGACGGUGUGAAAACUGGCCAAACUCACCAGGACUGAUCCUCCCGUCCGGCUUCCCUCCUCCACCUCUAUGUCACCCUCCUCUCUGUGCCAGGUGCCUUCUCGGAGCGAUGGGAGCUACAAGCCGGCACCGGUGUCCCCUGCUCCACCCGUCCCACCGAGGAGGCUCAGGGGCCGGGACGGGGUCUCCGGAGGGAGAGCGCGGCGGUCUGGAGCCGGGUCAGCGGGAGCAGCUGCGGGGGAGAGGCGGGUGAAGUGCAUUCUGGUGGGGGACGGAGCUGUGGGGAAAACCAGCUUGGUGGUCAGCUACACCACCAACGGUUAUCCCACCGAGUACGUACCGACUGCAUUUGACAACUUCUCAGCAAUGGUGUCUGUGGAUGGGCAGCCGGUCAAACUACAGCUCUGUGACACAGCUGGACAGGAUGAGUUUGACAAGCUGCGUCCUCUGUGUUACACCAGCGCAGAUGUGUUCCUGCUUUGCUUCAGUGUCGUCAGUCCCGCCUCCUUCCAGAACGUUCCUGAAAAGUGGGUGCCAGAGAUUCGGAAACAUGCCCCCUUCGCGCCGCUUGUCCUUGUGGGAACGCAAUGUGACCUCCGAGAGGAUGUCAAGGUCCUCAUCGACCUGGCUAAAUACAGAGAACGUCCCGUGGACCCGGGGGAUGCCCAGGACUGUGCCAUGGAGAUCGGCGCCGUGGCGUACAUGGAGUGCUCCUCUCUCACCCAAAAGAAUCUCAAGGAAGUGUUCGACACAGCCAUACUGGCCAGCCUGCAGAACUACAGCUCCCAUAAACAGUCGAUGAGCAAACAUAGACGUAGAAAAAAGCAAAGGCAGACACCUGACAAGAUGAAGAGCAUAUCAAAGUCAUGGUGGAAAAGGUACUGCUGUGUGGCUUAAAGCAGAGCCCUUUUAGGUUGGUCCUUUCUUUCAGAGCGUCCAAGCCUCUGAUGACUUCAUUUUGGUCUACUUGCAGCCGGGUCUGGGCUCUCUUGGCACAAGUGUUUGGUUUUCUCUCCAAAAGAGGCUGAUGAAUGCAGUUUCCUGGAUUGUGGAAGGGAGACAACCAUGGUUGUAAAUUGCGUUUGCUCAUAUUAUGGAUGAGAUUUACUACUGAGCUUCUGGCACGAGCCCUUUGCUGGGUGUUCCUAUGUCUCCUAGGUUUAAACUGGUAUUAGCCAGAUGUCUCCUGGAACCAGCAUAAAAUGUGAUGUUACUCAGGAUUUGACUGGUCCAGAUUCGAAGAGGAAUUGUUUUAAGACUUCUGAUGAAUUCCCUCCCUACCUGCUCUGGAUUUAUGUGGCCUUGAAGUGAACUGGACUGUCAGCAGAAAAGACCUACUAUUACUGGUGACCUAAACCCACUGACAUCCAGUCAGUAAUUUCUCCUAAUUGUGUCCAAAUUUAGGCUGGUUUCAAAUAGAGCCACCCUUGAAUCAAACUUUGUUUUUUUAGGGGUUUUCUGAUCCAGACAUGAGCACCAGACAUGAUUAAAGUCCAAAGCGUAGUUAAUGUUAGAGCUACUUUUCUAACUGGGGUCUUUGUCAAUCUGCUGAAGGAACUUUCUAACCACUAACUCAGUUUAUCCUGGCCUCGGGCACUUUCUAAAUAAAUCAGUGCAUAACCUGGAUAAUGUCUUAUAUUGUAUCAUAGCUGUGAUCUUAACAAUUCCAUAUGAUUUUGAUGUGGUUUUUAGUCAACUUUUGUCUUUGACCUGGUGUAGAUAAGCCUUAAACAUCAUCUGGAUCAGCACUUACACAUGCAUGUUUCUUUCUGAACAACCUGCAACCUGACUCCACUGUCUGUUUGUCCUUAAUGUGAAAACAUAAAACAUCAAAUUUGUUCUGUGGCAGCAAAGUUGUGUCCCUAUUCUCAAGCCACUCUGGGGUUUCUGUCGGUAGCUGUUUGGAUUUAUCAUCCUCAUCUAGUCCACAUUGAAAUACUAAUUGAUACUCAGUGAAAAUGGAGUGGUGCCAUUGUGGGCUAGUUAAUUAGAAAUCUCCUUGCUGUGGUGGUAGAUUGUUGUUUUUUUCACACUUGACCUUAAUCAGGAUGGAGAGCCUUUGCAAUUCAUGAUCCCAUUGUUCCACUACACAAAACUGUGCCCUGUGAAUUGGCAGGCAAAAUCUGAGUUUAUCGGUUUCAGAUAUUCUCACUUGAUGCAAAUUUGAUGUAUAUUUCCAGAGACGUAAACAGCUGUAAGUAUGAGCACUUAACAGAAUGAAAUCAACAAGACUGAUAGUUCUGUUUAAAAUCAAGAGGGGUUCAGAUGAUUACAAGUGUGGUUUGUAGCUCGAAAACAAGGUUUAAAGGAUUUGAACAAGAAGUUAAAGUUUGUAUCUUUUCUUUUCAGUAUUUUAAAAAUGUGAAGCUUUAAUUUAGUAUUUUUCUGUUCAGUCCUUUCUCCAUAGAUACUAGCUCAACUUAUUUACAAUAACGAUUACUGUGCCAUGUUCCCCUUUACAAAGAAGAUGUUUAAUUUUGUAACAGGUUUCAUCGUCAUUCAUUCCUGUCACACACAUUCCUCAUACAUCACCUGCUUCUUUUUUCUGCUCGUUGGGAAGUCUGUCCUCGCUCAAAUGCAAUCAACUUUGUGCUUUAAAUCAGAAAACAGCUGAAUGUGUUGCUGUCAAAUCAUCCGCUCACACAUCAUCAUGUACAUACAGCCCUAUACGUUAUAGUGUCUCAACCAAGAACACAGCCCACUAAUAUCUGUUUUCUUUCUUCAGUGUCCUCAUUUAAAUGGCCCUGUAUGUUAGAAAAAGGAGGCAAUGAGCUUGCAGCCUGCUACGGACUUUAGGGGAAUCUGUCAUCAAAGUCGUGCACAGUAACAUUUUUGACACUGUUGAUGCAUAAACAUUAACAAGGACCAAAUUUAGUUUUAACCUGACUUAUUCCUGUGCUUAUAAGUUCAUGUAAGUCUAUGUAUGUCUUCGUUCAUGGUCUUUGUGUCAUUAAACUAGAUUUUAUUUAGCUAUUUGUGAUUCACAACAAGGAGCAGUGUGUGGGUUAAAGUCAGGUGUGAGCUGCUGUUCAACACAGUGAGCUGUGCUCUGCCUGUAUGUUUAAUUCAUUUAAUCAGUGUCAUUCCCUCAUCAACCAUAUUCAAUCUGUUGAAAAUAUUUCAGUUCCAUGUGCUGUUUUCUGUCCUGUUGAGGUCACUGAGGCAAGACUUGGGCAAGGUUUUGUUUGAUUUUGACAGAAUUUUCAUCCUUAAGAUUAUAAAUGAAUCUUCAAUUGGUGAGGAUGUAUCUAGCGUUUUUGGGAAACAAACUUAAAUAAACGCAUUAUUUUAAAAGUUUUAGCCUCGUAUUAAUGUUCAUCUGACUUUGGGUGUGAAAACUGCGGCUCACAGGAACAGUUUGGUAAUUUUCUGCCGAAGAUGUUACAGCCAGGACUGAAUGGGUUCUCUGUGUUGGUGUCUCACUCUUGAUAGCCAGUGCAUUGUGUCUUGGAGGCAGAAAGGCACAAUAAGUUACUUGUCUCAUUGUUAGUGUGUAGUUUUGGCCCAUUGUGGAGUUAAGUAGGCUAGAGGUCAUACACUCUUAUGACAGCCAGUAUUUCCUGGACCUGGUUUUAUGUACUUAUAAUUUGGGAAAAGUGAUGGUGAAUUGCAGGUUUAUCAUCAGCACAGUAUUUCAGAAUGUAUUCUCUGUCCAUUACUUGCUCAAGUGAUAUUUUAAGGACUGGUGAAUGUGUGCAUAAACGAGGAUAGUUGUAUUAUGCCUGAAUGGAACCCUAAAGACUAUCAAGGCUUACAGUCUCCCUGUGACGUGUUUGAACCACCUGUGAGGUGGUUGGUCCACACCAGGGGUGAACCUGGACGACGGAUGUAAGGCUCUGUGACGUGGAACAGAUGGGCGUCUGAAAGUGAACAGUAGUGUUUAAAGAAGAAGACAGACAGAAAAGAAGCGUGGUGAUGAAUGCUAAAUCUUAAAUGUUUUGUUGGAAGUGAAGCGCACGUGUUCUGUGUUGAUGUGUAGUAGUCUGACAAACUGUGAGAUUCAGUACUGUUGUGACUGCGGCCGACUCGAUGACAGCUUCAUGAUGCUUCUAGAUGAGUCAGAUGCUAGCUGAUGUCCAGUUUUAUAAGGUUAUUUUUACAUACUUACAAAAUCCAAUCAGAUAGUUCUGAGUUGGACUACAAAAUGAAACUGGCCUUGGAUUAUUGUAAACCCCACAUCGGCCUAAUUCGUGACUCUUUAAAGCUCUGACGGUUCUAACCAAAACAAAGAGAACAAAGAGGCUCAAUCUAAAAUUUUCCCUGUUCUACAAAGGUUGAUACCUCUUAAUGCACACUUGAGCUCACACACAUGAGACACUAGCUGAGAGCUCGUCCCAGGAAACCAACCCACCUGGCCUUCUCGACACAUCCCUGUGUUUUCAUUGUUCCUGCAUGUAAAGACAUAACAGGCGAUAUGGUGCUGCAGCCUGCUCACACGAACCUCUCUGGAUGUGUUUGUACAGACCUAUUGUACCCUGAGAAAUAAAGAUUAUUGGAAAUGAGCUGUGUUUU